AAGUAAUACAUAUAUGGGUAUAACCGAAUUGACGCGACUGUUGAUAAAAUAAAAAUGAAGAAGAUUUGAGGUUGGGAACGGUAAUGAUGUAAAAGUUUAUUUGAUUUGAUAAUUUAUUUAUUUAUAAAUAACACAUUUUAAAUUUGAAAAAUUAUGUCUUCUCAGUUGGGUAAAGUUGUAAGCCUUAUAUUGCUUGAACGAUUUGGAGUUGUUGUGGAAAAAGUAGGAACUUGUUUAUUUCAAUACGGCAGUGCUCCUUUAUUGCAUAUAAAGAAAAGAACAGAAUUGCCCCUUUCCAAGGUGAAAGAAUCUUUGACUAUUCUUAUUAAAUAUCAGCUAGUAACUUUUGUACCAAACCAAAAUGAAAAUUUGGCAAAUUAUAUCAUCAAACCUGAAAAAGUAUUACUUAUGCUUCGUUAUCCUAAAUAUAUAAAUCUUAUAAAAAAGAAAUUUGGAGAUACUUCUGAAAUGAUAAUUGAAGAAUAUCUACAAAGAAGUUAUAUUGUAGCAUCUGAAGCUCUACUUAAGGUAAACGAAAGGUUAUCAAAAAAUAAUGAAAAUACAGUUUCUUUUGCCCAAUUAAAGAAUGAAUUUCUCACAUUGAUCAAUGCAAAAUAUUUAAUCAGGCUCCCACAAAAUACACAAGAAGAAAAACCUGUGCCCGUAAUCGUUUUGGAUGACAAAGAUGUGGAUGUUCAACCACCUUUGAUUGAUGUUAAUUUGUUCUUAAGAGCACAGUCUGGUGAACAAGUGGUUUUUCCAGAUAAAGAUAUUUAUUGGCAAAUUAACUUUGAUAGAUUUCACCAAGAUAUGCGAGACAAAAGUAUUUUUACUGCUUUUGCCAAAAAAUUUGAUGAAAAUGCUGGGGAGUUUGUGAAAAUACUUUUGCAACAAAUGUAUAUUAGAACACAACCGUGGGCAGAUAUUUCCAAUCCUGUACCUAUAUUGGAGAUAAAGGAUGUGGCUAGAAAACAGAAGAAUUUGAAUCAAUUGAAUGCAUUUUUUGAUCAAUAUGUUAGUGUAAUAGAACAAGACAGUAGCAAUUUAAUAAGAAAAUCAGGAGAAGCAAGUGGAGGUUCCUUUCAAAUUUAUCUAAAAGAAGUUUAUACGGAAUUUGCAUGGGAAAUAGUAGAACAAUGUGUGAUGGAAAAAUUCGAUUCAAAAGCUGCUAGAAUAUUUAGAUUAGUUAAAUUAAAACGGUGCAUUGAACCAGAUAUGAUUCAGCAGCUCGCCAUGAUACCAGCAAAAGAAGCCAAGCGAUUAACUUAUCAACUUUUAGAAGAAAAUUUUCUGCAGAUUCAAGAACUGCGUAAGCCGGCAGUUGGUGGUAGCGGACCAAAUAAAUCUUUUACACUUUUUCAUAUAAAUUUAAAUUUGGUAGUGAGAAUGAUUUUAGAAUUAUGUUAUAAAACUCUAUAUAAUGUUAUGAUAAGGAGAAAUCACGAGAAGUUUACAAAUAAGAGAAUCAUAGAAAAAAAACAAAGAGUGGAUACCAUAGCUUUAGGAAUGAGGGCACAAGGAGCUGAAGAGGAACAAUUGGCUGAGAUUGAGGAAAUGAUAACUCCUCCAGAAAAAGAAAUAUUGGAAAAAAUUGAAAAAGGAAUGAAGAAAUUGAAUACGGUAGAAUUAGAAAUUGAUGACAGUAUAUUUUUGUUAAAAUUGUUUUUAAUGUAUAGUGUCUAGUACUUUUGUUAUUUUUUUAUAUAAGUAAUAAAUCAUAUAUAUUUAUGGCUUUAUACUAAA